AGUUGGCGCGUCCCCCGCGAGGCAGCGCCACAGUGCCGCGCCGGCGUCCUGUCACGGUCUGUAUGUAUCGCGCUAGCCCGCACGCUAGACCGGUGAGCGCCUCGCUUCCGUUCGUACCCGGCGUCUGUGUCGCCCGACCUCCGCCUGGCUGGAAACGUGUUUGGGAAUGUGGUUUGAGAGUUUUUCCGAGGAAACGCGAGCGCCCAGGCUUACCUCCAACUACUGUAAAGGUGCCAGGCUAAAAAUAAGACUGCGUUUCCCUUAAAAUAUCACUUUCGCAAUUCUAGCUUUUAGGUUAUCUUCGGCGUUUUGAACCCGGAUUCGGCGAAGCUUGGACUACACGACUCUAAUUUAUUGCAGGCUGAAGCGUUAUACCAAAUAACAUAAAAAGUUUACACUCAGUAACAAAAAACCUAACACAAAUCAAAGAGACUGAAAGCGCUUUGAGGUUAGGACCACCGGCCGGCUAUUUUGGUUAUUGUUUUGUUUACUCAGUGCAGUGUUGCCGAUUUGUGCAGUUUUGAAAAUUGUGAAUUUCCAAAAGCAUUCUGUGUGAACUUUGUGAAGUGUUCAGGAAGUUUUGAGUGUCCAGUGCAGAGAAGCUAAGAUGCCUUCCAAGAAGCAGUACAACUUGGUGCAGAACGAUGACUACGACACCCGGAUUCCUUUGCACUCUGAGGAGGCCUUCCAGCACGGCAUCACAUUCCAAGCAAAGUAUAUUGGCACCCUGGAUGUUCCCAGGCCUACCAGUCGGGUGGAGAUAGUGGCGGCGAUGCGAAGAAUUCGUUACGAGUUCAAGGCGAAAGGUAUAAAGAAAAAGAAGGUGACUGUGGAGAUAUCUGUGGACGGAGUGCGAGUUACUUUGAGAAAGAAGAAAAAGAAAAAACCUUGGAUGGAUGAAAACAACAUGGUUCUAAUGCAACAUCCAAUUUACCGGAUAUUCUACGUAUCUCAUGAUUCACAAGAUCUCAAAAUCUUCAGCUACAUCGCCAGAGAUGGUGCUACGAAUGUUUUCAAGUGCAACGUGUUCAAAUCCAACAAAAAGAGCCAAGCGAUGCGGGUGGUGCGGACGGUGGGGCAGGCUUUCGAGGUGUGCCACAAGCUGAGCGUGGGCGGAGCCCCUGACGGCGACGCCGACGCCUUGGAGACGGCGCCCAGCGACUCGCAUAGUGAAGUGGUCACCGACAAGCCGAGAAAAGAGCUGUUCCCGGAACCGGUCAGCUCGGAGACGCUUGCAGCCAACGAUUCGCUGUCGACGCUGGACGCCCAGUCGGACGUGACGCCUGCCCAGAGGCCGCUGCGACUCGAUAUCAUUCCUCCCCCUCCCAACAACCACCCAACUCGUCGGUCGCCUCUUAGCGGAGGAGAGACGUACAGCUCUCCGCUGAGUGAGCCACUGAAGCACGUGGCAGAGUCGAGUCUGCCAUCAGCAGGGACUCCACUCAGCGCUCACCACGAGCUGCAGCUGCUGAGAGAACAGCUGGAGCAGCAGAACCAGCAGACGCAAGCUGCCGUGGCACAAGUUCAUCUGCUGAGGGACCAGCUCGCUGCCGAGACUGCCGCUAGACUGGAGGCUCAGGCCCGAACCCAUCAGCUGUUGGUGCAUAAUAAGGAGUUGCUGGACCACAUCAGUGCACUGGUCGCUCACCUACAGGAGACUGAGAGGAUUCAGCAGCAUCAGCAGCACCAGCAGCAUCAGCAGCAUGUCACCUCUGUACCUCAGUCGCAGUCGCAGAUGGGAAUGUUGUGUGACCCGCAGACCCCAUCGCUGGGAUCCAUGUACCUACAAGACUAUCCGGACCUGGAAACUUUGCGACAACUGGUAUCUCAGAGUAGUCAAGGUCUGAUAGAAAACCGCAACAUCAAUCAACCGUAUCUGCAAGGAGGUGUCCCUGGUUCACCACGGCAACAGCGGAAUAUUCUUCCCAACGUCUUCAACUUUGGACUGGCUGAUCAGCAAUUCCAAAAUCAGCUGCUUCAAAGGUUGCAGAAUAUUAAUCCACCCUUCCGGCAGAGUCAGUAUUAUCCUCCUGUCGGCAAUAUGUACUCACAGAACAGUCAAGCUCAGACCUCACCUCAGCAGCAAUUUAACUUCAGAGUAUCCCAAGCAUCUUCUUAUACAAAUUCUCCUGUCCUCCCUCAUAAGAAACAAGAGAGUGAAGAAGGCUCCCAGUUUAUCCGUCCUCUGUCACAAGUUGGAACGAUAACGACGACAGAAACCGAUGGAAGAACAAGAGUACUUGUCGGUUCAGAUGAAGACCAUAAAGAUAUUCCCCGGUUGGAUCCUCCACCUUCAGGGGCUAAAAAGAAAGAACUUUCUUCCAUGGGCAAACGGCAAGAUCAGCUAGCUGCAGCUUUGUCUACACUGAGGGUGUCUUCGGAUGAAGAGGAGUUGCGCAGGCCAACUUCGAGUUUAGUGCAGAACGGACCGUUUAUUACGAGAUCUACAAGUGAAAAAGUUCCUAAUCGAAGUGAACUAAUGUCCCAAGUGCAACGAACUGCAUGGGCUCGACACACGACAAAAUGACCCAAACCUGUGAUACCUUAGAGUCCAGUGAAAGGGGGACUAUGUGUUCUCUCAUAGCCUUCUGUGAUUGGGUUGGGUUUUUGUGACUUUCAACACAAGUACCGGUAGCGCUGUUCUUCAAUAGAUCUAAUUCUUGGCACAAUGUCGUUCCAUUAGUAAAAUGGACCUGAGGUUUCAACACCUUGAAUAAAACUGAGGGAAAAUCAAACCAGUUAUUCUCAAAUCAUAACAUUUUAUCUUCAUUAUCUUCCUCCAGACUGUUGAAUUUUGAAAUAAAUCAGCAAUAAUAAGACAGGUUAGAUCCUUAUGUAAUACAGAUAAAUACAUUUUUUGGCAGUUGUAAUUUUGAAUGAUACAUUCAGCUUUUGAACCAGUUGUAGUUAGUACUCCUUUUGUACAAGUAUUACAUUUGAAAAUCUUUUUAAGGAAUGCUCAUUUGUUCUACACUUGUUAUUUUUCUUAACUUCUGCAGUAGUUCAAGCUGAGAAAUAAAAUUUUCUGUAUCGUUAAGGGAAUAGUGUAAAACAACUAUGUAUAAAAAUCAAUAUUUAUUCAUAGUGCAAAUCAUUGCAUUUGUUUGUUAGCCCUUAAAAAUUUGUUUUUACUUAUUAAUUUCCAAACUUUGUAUUUAAAACUCCUUUAAUGGAUAGUUACGUGUUACCCUACUCAAUAUCCCAAAUCUUUUCGUAAUUAUUAUAAUCUUUUUUUCUCUCAGCUGUUUAAAGUAAUUCCAAACUCUUCAUUACAGGAUAUGUUGAAGCGUGAAUUUUGUCAAAACAGUAUUAUGAAUCUUAGGAUUUUUGUAUUUUGACAGUUGUAGGUGAUAUUUGCUUGACAUUGGACUCAAGAAAUAUGUGCAUCCUUUUUUACAGUUUGCUUAGUUUUAUUUUAUUAUUAUUAUUAUUGAGGCAUACAAUCGUGUAUAAGUUUAUUACUCUUUCUUGAAUCAACCUUCUCAGUGACCUACUACACUGAAGUUGUUAACAUUAGUUUAUAGUGACAAAGUACAAGACAUUUUAUAUUGACUUAGAUAAGGCCUAAUGUAUUUAAUUAUGUGAGUGCCAAGUGAUUGAUUCAUGAUGAACUGCUCAUUUCCUUGCGUUUCUUAACUUCCCUGUACAUUCUCUUCAAGAUAUUUUGCUCGAGACAAGGUUAUUUGAUAUUUUCUCUGCUAAAAAGGCACUCUCCUUCUGUGGAAAUAGUUUUCACAUAUCAGUGCUUAUAUAAUGUGAUCUAUCUUCGACAAGUUCACACCCUUAUUUUCAUCCUUACAUCCAUUUUUCACACCUAUAUACUACUUGCUGGGUUAAUUCACACAUAUGCUCAUUGUAAACUGAACUGCAUUUUUUAAGUGGUAUGCUAUAUGUUUAAUAAAACAAUAUUACAUUGUCUAUUUCUAAUUGGCCUCCUUUGAAUAUUUUCAAAAGCCUAGUUUGAAGAAUAGAGUUGUCAUUUUUAACAUAUGUAUAUAAACUAAAAGGUUUGGCAAGAUUUACUUGAACUAAACUUAAAAAAACGAAUUUUAUCACACUGAUAGUUUAACUGUGUGAGAAUAAAGUAUUUUUAAAACUCUUUUUGGCUGUUUUCUAAGACCAGAAAAUACUAUUGUGUUGUUUAAUUAUUAUUGAAAAUGUAUUACCAGAACAAUAAUAUGUUAUUACACAGCACUUACUUUUAAUUAUGCAAUACUGUUUCCAUUUUAAGAAUAAGACAGUACUGAACAGAUGUGUGGUUAUAAGUUAUAAAGGCCUGAAUUGUGUAGUUUUUUUUUAAUAAAAAACUAAUUUCAUCAAUUUUUGUUUUUAUACAUAUAUCUAUUUAUUUAUUAUCAACUGAUAGGUAAAAAAGCAAGCCUUCGAUAAAUGAUAACAUAAUGAAACCCUGAAGUUAUACAUUUCUCAUGAUCCUGUUUACAUAUAUAUUGGAAACCAUAUUUUUAUUGUAAUUUAUCGUUGUAAACAAUAGUAAAGUCGGAAAUAUUUCAAAAUUAACCUAAUUUGAAAGUAUAACUAUGCUUAACAAAUUUAUUAAGUCGAAGUAUAACUUUUCUCCAUCAGUAAAUACCAUACAAAAAAAAGAAAACAGUGCCAUAAAGCCGAUAAAAAUAUAUUAGUCAGGUUGAACUUCCAGAACAGGUGAAUAGUUUUUUUAUUACUAAUCAAUUUUAUAUUUGAAUGGAUAUGACAUUGAGUAUUCAUCAUAUACCUACAUAAUACGUGUUUAUAAUAAUAGUUCUUUACUAUAAUUAAUUUAUAUGCUGCAGUUUUAUUACAAUGAUUUUCAUUACUUGACUUGUGUAUUCCAGUUUGUAACUUGAAGAAAUAAUGAAACCUAUUACUGUAGUAAUGUAGUUUAAACAUGUAAAGUAAUUAAGAUGGUGCCAAAUGAUAUCACUUAAUAAGAUGAGUUUGUUUUCAGUCUUCCGUGUUAAAAGGAAUUGUGAUGUAACUCUUCUAAUUAUGAAUACAUUAAAUAAACAAGGUAUAUUGAAUAAUACAUUUUUUCUUGUCAACAAAUUUAUUAAUUACAUACAUGACUUGUUAUAUGAAGACAUGUCCAGUUUAUUUGGAUAUGUGGAACGGUCUUACCUGUUUGAAUAUUAAUGAAUUCAAGUUCUUGAAUUUGUAACAACAUUUAAUGUUAGCUUGUACAGAGAGCAUAUGAGGGCGUUUUCCCUAGCCAUAAGUUAUGUUCCAUGACUGCAAUACAUGUAUUUUUAUAAUAACAA